AUGUCACCAAGCGCUAUCGAAGACCACAAGGACGAUGUUCCGGUUGUGACCAAGUCCUCUCCCAGCACAUCUCCGGCAGGCGACUUUUCCACCUUCCGUUCCAUCGUCCCCGUCGUGGCGGAUGACAAGAUCACCUAUCUCAAUGCCUCUUACCAACCUCCUUCAAACCUGAUCAUUCACGCCGCCAUCACCAAAUUUUCUGCCGAAGCGCUCUACAGCAACCACCCCAAGCCUCAAUGGCAGAACACCGUCGAGGAGACCCGCGGCCUCGUCGCCCGCUACAUCAACGCCGACGCCUCUGAAGUUGCCUUCACCCGCGACACCACCGAAGGCCUGAACUCAUUCAUCCGCGGCCUCAAGUUCGAAGCCGGAGACAACGUCGUCGUCCUCGACUCGGAGCACCCCAACCACGUCUACGGCUGGAUGGCCCUGCGUAGCGCUGGCCUCGAAGUCAGACAAGUGUCCACCAUCCCAGAGGCCGAGAAGACCGGCAAGGUGACCGCAGCAAACGCGGCGACUUUCGCUCCUUACGUCGACGAGCGGACCCGCGCCAUCGGCAUCAGCUCCGUCAUGUUCCACAGCGGCCAGUGGAACGAUGUAGAAGACAUCUCCAAGACAUACCGGCCUCGCGGCAUCCACGUCCUCGCCGACCUGACGCAACAGGUCGGCUUUGCUGAGACCGAUGUCAAGGCCUUGGGCGUCUCUGCGGCGGCCUUCAGUCUUCACAAGGGCCUCAACAACCCCACGGGCUUCGGAGUUCUCUACGUCGACUCGGCGGUGAUCAAGGAGAUCGAUCCCGUCCCGGCCAUCGUCGGAGCGGGCGCCAUCAGUUACAUCCGCCCCGACCUCUUGGUUCCCAGCGACCCCGUGGUGUACCACCCCACAACCCGCCGGUAUGAGCACCUGAACCUCAGUCUCAUCGCCGCCGCGACGGCCAAGGCGUUCUUGACGUUCUACCUCGACUCCAUGGGUCCCAGACGAGUGCAGGAGCAUCUCUACCGACUCGGCGACGAGUUGCGGGAAGAAUGUCGGGCACUUGGGAUCAAAGUGGUCGGACCAACCAACCGGAAAGAGCAUGCGCCGCAUUUGUACAUCCUCGAUCUUCACGAUGAGAGAUGGAUGGAUCUCUUCAAGGAGCAGGGGGUAAUCGUGACGCCUUACAGACUCGGUGUUCGGGUGUCUUUUGGCUUCUACAACAACUCGACGGACGUGAAGAAGUUUGCCAAGGUGCUCAAGACGGGUGUUGAGUCUGGUCUCCCUAUUUGA